AUGCACUCACCUCCUAGAGAACAGCCUGCCAUCAUGCUCUGGAAACUGGUUGAAAAUGUCAAGUAUGAAGAUAUCUAUGAGAUGUUAGUCCACACCUAUUCCGCCAUGGACCGGCAUGAUGGAGUGCCCAGCCACAGUUCCAGGCUGUCCCAGCUGGGAUCCGUCUCGCAGGGACCCUACUCCAGCGCUCCUCCGCUCUCUCACACCCCAUCCUCGGAUUUCCAGCCGCCUUAUUUCCCACCCCCCUACCAGCCUCUUCCUUACCACCAAAGCCAGGACCCUUACUCCCAUGUCAAUGACCCCUACUCCCUAAACCCCCUGCAUCAGCCCCAGCAGCACCCCUGGGGACAGAGGCAGAGGCAAGAGGUGGGAUCAGAAACCGGGUCACUGCUGCCACAGCCUCGGGCCGCCCUGCCCCAGCUCUCGGGACUGGACCCCAGGCGGGACUACCACUCAGUACGGAGGCCAGAUGUCCUCCUGCACUCAGCUCACCAUGGCCUUGACUCCGGCAUGGGGGACAGCCUUUCCCUGCACGGCAUCGGACACCCAGGCAUGGAGGAGGUCCAGUCAGUUGAAGAUGCCAAUAACAGCGGUAUGAACUUAUUGGACCAGUCUGUCAUUAAAAAAGUUCCGGUUCCUCCAAAAUCUGUUACUUCUUUGAUGAUGAAUAAAGAUGGCUUCCUGGGUGGAAUCUCAGUCAAUACCGGAGAGGUGUUCUGCUCUGUACCUGGCCGCUUGUCUUUGCUUAGCUCAACUUCAAAGUACAAAGUAACUGUGGGAGAAGUUCAGAGACGCCUUUCCCCUCCAGAGUGUCUGAACGCGUCCCUCCUAGGAGGAGUUCUUAGAAGAGCCAAAUCGAAAAACGGGGGGAGAUCUUUGCGAGAAAGGCUAGAAAAGAUCGGUUUGAAUUUACCAGCCGGCAGGCGUAAGGCCGCAAAUGUCACUUUACUCACCUCCCUGGUGGAAGGUGAGGCCGUUCAUUUAGCUCGGGAUUUUGGGUACAUCUGUGAAACGGAGUUCCCAGCCAAAGCUGUUUCUGAGUACCUGAACAGACAGCACACGGACCCCAGCGACCUCCACUCCAGGAAAAACAUGCUGCUUGCUACAAAGCAACUUUGUAAAGAAUUUACAGAUCUCUUGGCCCAGGACAGAACGCCCAUUGGGAACAGCCGGCCCACCCCCAUUUUGGAACCGGGCAUUCAGAGCUGCUUGACUCACUUCAGCCUCAUCACCCACGGCUUUGGGGCCCCCGCUAUCUGCGCUGCCCUCACGGCCCUCCAAAACUACCUGACUGAAGCUCUCAAAGGCAUGGACAAGAUGUUCUUGAACAACAACACUGCUAACAGGCACACAUCUGGCGAAGGACCAGGUAGUAAAACUGGAGACAAGGAAGAGAAACACAGAAAAUGAGAGAGAGAGAGAGAGAGAGAGAAAGAGAGAGAGAGAGAGGAAAAAAAAUUAGAAUGAAAGAAAGGAAAAGAGAAAAAAAAAA